CUUCCUUUCGCUUUCUUUCGCUCGUCCAUCGAGAACAUAUACAGUACCUCAUCAAUUCCCAAAACUCAAAUGUCUAAAGCUUCAUAUUCUUCGUAAGAACUUUUGUCUGGCUUCUUGAUUCCCCCGCCCCGUUUAUUCGCCGUCCAAUGUGAUGAUCAGGAAUCUGAAGAGAUUCAUAAUCACCGGACCUGCACCUUUUGAAACAGUUUCCGUUCAAGCACUAUUCUACACUUUCCAUCCCGAGAGCAGUGCAGGUGUAUGAAGGUGGAAAGUGACGGAAGCAAGGAGUACGACGUGCAGCCACAUGUAUACCUGUCAGCUCCAUCGACCAACUCGCAAGCGGGCCAAGAGAAGGAAUAUGCCCCACGACUUCGCAAGUUUAAAUUGUACAGGAAAUGCGUCGUCGUCGCUGUCAAUGAACGACGACAUGCCGUAGAGCCCAGCACAACCCCCGGAUAUUGCAGCACACAGCCUUCGGCAAAUCCAACCUCGAAGUUGGCAAACGCCUCUAGAAUUUAAAAUAGAAGAAGCUCUGACUCGGCCUAGAGGAUAAUAAACAAUUUCGACUUAUUUAGCUUCCAUUAACCAACGUAGCCAAUCGAUUUCAAGUUUCUCGUUCUUUCGUGAGUGUAAACCACCUUCAAAAUCUGGAAUCCAUCUUCUCGUUGGAGCUUUCCAGAUACAUUAACUCAUGGUCCCAUUAAGGCACUCGUACGAGCGCUUCGCUGGCGGACGUGUUCCCUCACUAACGGCGUUACUUCUCACUGCCAACUUUCAGCUAGUUAUGAGCUUCCUGUCGGUGCUUCUGGCCCUUCUUCCCUUCAUAAGCAGCGCAUUGGGGUCAAACUUCAUUCGCCAGACGGGGGACCUACAUAUUGUCAACACACGCAUUUCCCCGGAUGGUUACGAACGCAGCGCUGUGGUUGCAGGAAAAUCUCCACAUGAAGCUACCUUUCCCGGUCCAACAAUUAUUGGCUACAGGCUCGCAGGGAGACACCUUCCGGAUCAAUGUAACAAACUCACUCACAGAUCCAUCUAUGGACUUGACCACGAGCAUUCAUUGGCAUGGAAUUCACCAACGCCAUUCUAAUUGGGCUGACGGGGCAACUUGGGUAACACAAUGUCCUAUUGUACCCAACGAAUCGUUUGUCUACGAAUUUACGGUACCAGACCAAGCGGGCACCUACUGGUAUCAUUCUCACCAUAGAGCACAAUUUUGUGAUGGCUUGAGGGGCAUAUUGGUAGUCUAUGAUCGUCCAGGGGAAGAUCCACUGAGGGAGUUGUAUGACGUCGAUGAUGAAUCAACGAUCAUAACGAUUGCCGAUUGGUACCAUGACCCCAGCCCAGGACUCAUCGAACUCGCAGGUCCUAAGCUCUCAAACUCGACUUUAAUCAAUGGCCUGGGACGGUGGUCGGAGAACCCCUCUUCUUCUGUGUCCGUCGUUAAUGUUGUCUAUGGGAAACGUUACCGUUUCCGUCUCGUCUCGAUUUCCUGCGACCGUGCAUACACAUUCUCUAUUGACGAACACCCGCUCACUAUCAUCGAAGCGGACGGGAAUCCUACGGCCCCUCAUACUGUGAACACUCUGAUGGUCUACACUGCCCAACGUUAUUCGUUCGUUUUACACGCCAAUAAAGGGACGAAAGGAAAACUGUCUAGUUAUUGGAUUAGAGCAAACCCGAACGAUGGUCCGGUUGGAUUUGAGGGUGGUAUCAAUAGCGCUGUGUUGAAGUAUGUUGCGGAAGAUCGCAACUCGUCGAAAUUGGAAUCGGACGAAACAAAAGAACCUACGAGUACGAACGUAACAAACAUCCAGCCAGGGUCAGUUGGACUUCAGGAGUCCGACCUGCACUAUCUCGCUUCCUCCUCGCAAGUACCCGGUGAAUCUUACACUGGCGGAGCGGAUUUUGUGUUGAACCUCACUCUUGGAUUCAUCCCACCGAAUACGUUUUUGAUCAAUGGACAUCCUAUGGUAUUUCCGACUACACCUACACUCCUGCAGAUACUGAGUGGAGCCCGAGAUCCGCACGAGUUAAUGCCGAAGGAGAAUAUCUAUGUCUUGCCAAAGGGAAAGGUCAUAGAGGUCAACAUGUUCGGGAAUGAUACGAUUGGGGGACCUCAUCCAAUGCAUUUGCAUGGGCACUCGUUCGAUGUGAUAAAAAGCGAGGAUCACUCGGAGUUUAAUUUCUGGAAUCCGGUUCGACGCGAUGUAGUGGCUGUUGGAGGAACCAAUAUGACUUCCAUAAGAUUCGUCACUGACAAUUCUGGACCUUGGUUAUUGCACUGCCAUAAUCAAUUCCACCUCAUUCGGGGGCUUGGUGCUGUUUUCGUCGUCGAUUCAGCGGGUACAGAGGCAAUUAAUCCCGUCCCAGUUGAUUGGAAUGAACUAUGUCCAAUCUGGAACACUACGAGUCCUUCUGUCCGGGGUGAUGCAUGAUUUUGCGUUUCAGGACUUUAUUUAUCAUUACGCAAUUACGCUCAAUAACGCACAUCGAUCUUUUGUUCAUUAAACAUUUCAUUAUUAUGGGUGUGCGAAAACUGACCCUAUUAGCCUAAUAUCGAUAGAACAAGAAAAUAAGAACUUGCAACUCGUGGGGUCCACUC